UAGCUACCUCGGGGCGGAGUCCGGGCUGGCCGUGGGGCGGGCCUUGCGAGCGCGCGCGCUAUAAGAACGGACACGAGGCAACCCGUAUAUACUUGGAAGAAAGUGAAGGUUGGGUGAGGCUUCUGUAAGUUUCUGGCUUCUUUCCGCGGCUUUGGGGCCUGGGCCGCCCGUGUAAUGCGGUGCCCGGGGCUGCGACGGGGAGGCCUUGUUGCCUCUAGGUUGGGAUCACGGCCUUCGUAGUGGCCCUGCGCGCGCUCGGAGGUGAGGCCGGGGGUUCCCCCGCGGAGCGGGCGACGGCGUCUGCAGCGGGUGGUGGCUCUUCGGGGGUGUUCACAGCGGGGAGGACUCUUGCCCCCGGAGCCAACCGGGACUUCCGGGUCUAGCCCUUCUUUGUAUGCAUCGCAAAUGGGCUGCGCCAUGUCUGCGGCCCACUUCGCGGGGACGCGCCAUCUUGUCCAUCUCUUUCGGUGGGUGGGGAGGGGAGCUCAUGUGACAGCGCGUUCUGAGAUUUUUCCCACUCUGUGCUAGAUACACGUGCUUCCUUUAAUCCCAGGAGGCUGGCAGUUUUUGCAACUUUGACCAAAGACUCUGGAGUCCUUGGCCGGGGAGGUUAGGAUCCCAAGGGUCACUAAGGGAAAAGUGGGAGUGGGGUCUCUAAGUGAAUUCCUGCUUUGUUUCUGAGAAGCAGAUAGGAGUGCUCUUAGGAGAAAGUAAACGAGGCCUGUGUUCACCUUCAGGAAUCAUUUUGACACAGUCACUCCACAUAGUUUAUUAAAUGUUAGUGCUGGGCUAAUCGGGCCCUAAGGUCUCAGACUUCUGGUCUCCUGGCUGCUGAGCAGUGCCACGCCCUGGCCACGGCUCGCAGCCUGCGGGCUGCGCCUGAUCUUCCAUCUCCCUGCAGGAACCCAGCCAGAACUCCCUCGAGCUGAGUUUCUUAACAGUGGUAAAGUCACCAUGUCUGCAUUGCUUCUGCUUGGUGUUUUGAAAGUAAAUUUUUUAUUUCAUCCAAAAGAGUUACCACUUACGUGCCUAAAAUAACAUUUUCUACUUAAUGACGAUGCCAUUGUCACCCUUAAUGUUUCCCGGUCUGUAAAUGCUGUUAGCAUUGUCUCUGUCCCUGAAGGUGAGUGGCCUCAGGGCCUGGUCUCAGGCAAGCUGGGGCUCCCAUGAUGUUCAGCACUGGGCUCCGAUCACCCUUGAGGACACAGUGCCCCCCAGGACCUUUGACACCUGGGGGUCUGAGGGGCCCUGGUUUGGGUGUUCUCUGGAUGCACAGACUGCUUUCUCUGCCCACCCUCACCAAGUCCUUCCUGUGUUACAGGUUUCUCUCUUCAAGAGUCCAGAGCCACCCACCACCACCCCAUCUGGGCAGUUCCUCCAGGAGCGGAAGGGCCUGUCCGUCCCUCGGGCAGCCAUGACCACGACCAUGGCCACAAGAGCGCUGGCACCCACCGAGGUGGGGCUGGGGGACGACUACAAGUACACUGAGCUCCUGGCCAUCUCGCAGCGCUUCAAGCAGAGCCCCAAUGAGCCCAUGACCGCCUGGAUCCUGCGUGUGUACGACCAAGGUGGCUCAGCCCUGGCCCUGACCGCCCAGGAGCUGACACUUCUGGGCACCCUGACCAGCGAUGCUGUCUUCAACUACCACUGCAAGGGCCUGCAGGGCAGCUGUAAGAUGCUGCUCACCUGGCUGCUGCAGGCCUGGCGCCAGCGCUGGAAGUCCUUCCUGCACUUUGAGGGCGCCGAGCUGCCCUUCCGGCCCUGGGCCACCAUGGAGGAGGGCAUCCAGCUGAUUCGAGAGCUGGGCAUGCUGGCCUGGAUCUACCACGAACCCGCCUCGCCCCCUACACCCGAGGACUUGCCCUUCACCCACCACCUGCAGCAGCACCUGCUGAUGGCUGCACCCCCUGAGCUGCGGGUCACGCUGGUCAGCGUGCUCGUCAAGGGCAUGACAGUGCUGGAGGCGGUGAUGCAGAUCCGGGCCAUCGCCGACAUCGGCCUGCUCUGGCGCCACAAUCAGCCAGGCCGCGCCAAGCUCAUGCUGGGACCCAACCCAACUCGCAAGGACCUCCUGUGUUGGCUCCUGAGCCACGGCAUGCCCAAGGAGAAGGUGUACAAGCAGCCCACCAGGGUCCUCCUGGAACUGUACGUCAAAGAGGCUAAGGGCUGCCAGAGCCACCUGGCCUACGUGCUGGGGGAGGAGCAGCCCGAGCCCUACUCGGACCAGGCCUGUGGCGAGGAGCAGCACAUGUGCCCUGACUAGGAGCCCGGGAAGGGGACCCUAUGCUGAGGAGCUGAGUCCUUGGAGGCAUGAUGCAAAGCCCUGAGCAUCCCUGAGGUGGACUGAAGGGCCUCCCACCUGCUCUUGAACUUCUGGGGGCAGGUGACCCCCACAUAGUUUUUGAGGAGCCCAGAAGGAUGUGUCCUGGCCCCUAGCCAUGCCAUGAGUGUCACCGGCCAGAGCCAGUGGCAGGAAGCAAGCUGUCUGGUGCACGGUGGCUCCCUGGAGACCCCAGCAGCCGUACAUUUCACCCCAAGUGGCAUGAUGGGUGGGCACCCACCCCUCUGCCCCACGGGCCCCCAAAGCACUACAGGCCGAAUGGGGAGGCCCCCUGGCCCACAACAUGAAGUUUGUGCCCGUUUUCCUAAGGGCUUUUUGUGUAUUUGUUUUUAAUGCAUUGUUUUUACUUAAUACUUUAAGCAUAUAUGCACUUUGGAACCCUCUUUCCUCUUGUCACGGUUUUUCUCUUACACUAUUUUGUAGCCCUGGCUGGUGUGGCUCACUGGUUGAGUGCUGACCUGUGAACCAAAAGGUCAGUGGUUUGAUUCCCACUUGGCACAUGCCUGGGUUGCAGGCCAGGUCCCCAGUGGGGGCCAUGCAAGAGGUGACUGAUUGACACAUCUCACAUCGAUGCAUUUCCCUCCCUUUUUGUCCCCCUCCCUUCCCCUCUCUAAAAAUAAACAAAAUCUCUUGU